AUGACCAUUCGGGAACCCCUGGACGUCGAAUCGGCCUCGUUCGUACUACCGGCGCAUAUUCAUCCGUGGUUACGCUCAGUUGUCGCUCUGGGAUUCAUCAGCUUCUUUGCAUCAGUAGCACUGCUUUUCUUACUCACCUAUAAACUGGUAUCCUGGCAACUACGGUCGAAACGAAGCAACCAAUUCGUCAUUUUGAUAUUCAACCUCCUCUGGGCGGACAUCCAACAGGCGCUUGCCUUCUUACUGAACGUCGAAUGGCUACGACUGGGAUCCGUCGAAGUCACCAAUCCAAUAUGUUUUGCGCAGGGCUGGCUGGUCUCCACGGGUGACUUGGGAAGUGGAGUUUGGUGCUUCGUUAUCGGAUUGCACACAUUUGCUUCCGUCAUCUUGGACUUCCGCCUGAAACCACGGAGUUUCUACAUCUGCAUCUUUCUUCUAUGGGCCUUCAUCUUGGGGGUAUCUUCAAUCGGCCUUGGUAUACAUGGGCAAAGCAUCUACGUACGAUCCGGAGUAUGGUGUUGGAUCCAUCACGACCUAGAAGAUUUACGGUUAUGGACCCACUACAUCUGGAUUUUUGCCUUUGAAUUCGGAAACGUCCUGAUAUACGCCAUUAUCUAUGCGAUGCUGUCGAUCCGAAUCCGCUCCGGCUACUACACGACCGAAGAAGCCAAGCGCGUACGUUCCAUCGCAAACCUCAUGGUCGUAUACCCGCUCGUCUACGUCGUAUGCACUAUUCCCCUAGCCUCCGCCCGAAUGGCGUCCAUGUCCGGCAACCCACCCUCGCUUGCUCGCCUCUGCUUAUCAGGAGCAAUGAUCACAUCAAACGGUUGGCUAGAUGUACUUCUAUACGCAUGCACCCGACGCAUCAUGAUAUUCUCCGAUGAGCCACCCUCUGACGACGACGUCAUGGACACCUUCGCUGCAUUCUGGAUCGAGAAGCCCAAGCGCUUUGGAGGCGAAUGCACAAUCGAAGCGACGAACGCACAUACAAGGAGAGGACGAUCGAAGAGUAGGAUUACGUUACCAUCAGGAAGUGAAAGCUCAGACGAUCUCUGUGGGUUCGGUACAAAAGACAUCAAGCUGGUCACUACAACAAAGGUCAUAAGCGAGCCGGCACAACCGGAGGACUUUGAAGAGAUGGAUGCCGAGGCACGUAUCACACGACCUCGUACACCGACAGGAAGAUGGAGCGAGGAGACGACAGAUACGGACAGAAGUCGCAAUCUGAGUUUGAAGGAACAAGCGAUACCUCACAUCGCACCUUGA